AUGGCCAUGCAGAUCCUCUCGCAUCGCCCCAUGAAAGCACUCAUCCCAAUCAACGGGUACGUCUCUCUUCGCGCACAUGUCGAGGGCGAGAGUCUGCUCAUGGCGCUCAAGCAUACUGCAUCGUCGUCAGGAAGCGCCUGCACGUCGGCGUCGCUCGAACCAUCGUACGUGCUUCGUGUGCUUGGCGCCGCAGAAGACGUGGCGCAUUCGUCACUGCGCUUCGGUAUGCACUGGUUCACGACCGAGGCAGAGGUCGACUACGCGAUCGAGAAGAUUGUUGUGUUUGUGCAGCGGUUGCGGGACAUGAGCACCAUCGACUGGGCGCAGCAUUGA